CGCGGAGAGGGGGGAGAAGUAGGAGGCGGACGCGGGGUGUUGUUGGGUGGGAGGAAGGAGCACGGCACAAUCCUUCGCUGUCGGGACUUGGCCCGGUCGACCGCGGCCAUCGGGCGCUGAAGCUGCUGCAGAGGGAGGCGGAGAUGGCUGCUGCGAGAAUGAGAUGGCAGAGGAAGUGUGGCAGAGCAGUGCCUGCACAAUAAAUUGCUGAGAGCUGAGGGAACAGGUUUCUUCACGUCGUGCUCAGGUAACCAUGCAUGGAAAACAUUUGACAGAACAAUCUCUGACGUUUGCCUGUGAAAAGUUUGUAGCUUUCCCAUUCUAAGACUUGGAGUUCACUGAUGUCUUUAGGAUAGCAUUAUUCCAGAAGGAUAUAAUCCAUUUCAUGACAACUGCCUCAUGCUUUUUUCCGAAUGGAAAAGAGGCUACAGCUUAGUACAAGAAAUGCUGAUGGGUGUGAUUUCUCAGAGCUUCUCCAUCUUCUCCAGUCUUCUGAGUGACUGUCCCACAUGUCUACUACACUGCUGCUCUGGUUCUUUUGCUAUUCAUCUCAGCUCUGUGCUUGUUCAAUGCAGUGAGCUUCUGCAGUGUGGGUACAAUGGUACUUCUAUGGUGAUAAAGUUGCUGAAGUUACUUGAUGUGCAAAAUAAGCAAACUGCAUUCAGGUAGAUUUCCUUCCCUCAAGUAGAGGCAUUAAAAGAAGUUUUAUAUGCAUACCAUUUUUAAUUUAAGCUUCUUCACAGAAUGUUUUCUAUGAACAUUUAUGUAAAUCAUCAGGAUGGUAAGCAGCAAAGAGGCAAGGAAUGAAGAGAGAAGUUUUCAGAACUCAGCAGAGAUUUGACCUCUGGAGGUGAAGCUGUUUCAGAGAAGAAGUAAGAGAAGGCAGUGCCUGUGUGACAAGAAAACCACGUAACAAUGAAAAAAUUCACACUGUUUGAUUUUGUAAGUGCUAAUUCACUACAAAUCGGAGAGACCUCAUGGAUACAGCACCUUCCCCGUGAUGACAGUGAACUGGAAAGGCUUCUGAAAGCAAAGGAGCGCGUGCUAGUAAACUGGCCAGUGUGAGAAAGAAAGACAGAAAAGCACUUGGUGAAAGUUGUGUACAUGAGUGAUGACCCCCAAGAGCUAGUGGAAAUGAUGCAAAGGGUGUUACGAGCAGAUGAAAUUACAAAAGUACAAGUCCUUGAAAAACACAAGAGGAAGAGGAUAGAAAUGAUAUUCUCAGAAAGUGAGGACAGUGACCUGGAUAAGGAACAGGGGAAGAUCGUGAGGCAUAUCAAAAGAAAGAAAACACUGCAGGCAUCUGCUCCUGCCAACAUCCUGAGUCAACUUGAAACCUCUUUAAUUAACAAACAGAGAAAACCAUAUUCAGGAGACAACUUUCUGUGCAGUGGAAGCAGCAGUGAUGAUGAAGAGUCUUUAUUUCAGCUCUCCAAGGUGGAGCUGUGUGCCAAACUAAAAAGUCUCAAGAGGAAGCUGACAGACACCAUGAAAGAAAACAGCCGCCUAAGGCAGUCCCUGGUGAUGCUUCAAGUGUUGCCACAGGCAGUAACCCAGUUUGAGGAACUGGUAGGGAUGGCUGAAGCACUGCUCAAAGGGGGAGUGACAUCAUCUCCAUCCAGUCCGCAUUCACACGCUGUUUGGAAAGCAUCUAACAACUCGUUAGCAGAUUCCUAUGCAGCUAUGUGUAGUAACUCCUGCUCACCAUUAACUUUGAAUCUGGAAGAGGAGGAGCAACAGACCGAAAAGCAGUUCAAGAUUGAAAAGUGGCAGGUUGCACUUUGCAACAAGAGCAAACCUCAGAAGUUUAUAAAUGACUUGAUGCAAGCCCUUUAUACACAUGAAUACAUGGCCACACACAGCCUGACAGGUGCCAAGUCCUCCUCUUCCAAGGAUAAAGCAGCAAAACCAGCUAUGAAUCAGAAUGAAGUUCAGGAAAUCAUAGGAAUCACAAAACAGUUGUUUCCAAACACAGAUGAUGCUUUAAUUAGACGAAUGAUGGGACAAAAACUGAACAACUGCACAAAGAAGCCAGUUCUAAGCAAAGAUCAUAACUCAGGUGCUUUUCAGAAGCACAGCUUUUGUAUUUCAACAGCUGCUCCUCAGGGCGUCAUCUCUUCAGCUGUUCCUCCCAGUAGAGAAGACCAGCAGGAUGAAGAUUCACCAGCUGCUAGAGCACAAACUCAGAGGGACAGCUAUCUGACUCCCACCUCCCAAGGACAGCAGGAGUGUUUGAAGCCCACUUCUUCUGAAGUGGAGACUCAACUCACCAGAAGCUCACCAGCACCCUCUCCCAACCAGAGUUGUGGACAGCAUCUCAGGAAUCCAGACAAGGAAUAACAAGGUAUUUCACAGCAGUUCAAAUUCUCAAUAGAGAUUAAAGACUAGUGUAAAAUAAAAGUGAGCCUAGCAGCAGUGGACGGAGAUACAGCAAGCACAGCAGAAGCUUGAGAACUUUUCUUCUCAGACAAAUUAAAAUCUCAUAGCCUAGGAAAAAAAGCAUAUUAAUAUAUUUGGGUUUAAGAUGUUAUUAAAUAUAUGCAUGUUAUACAGUAAUUAAAGAAUAUAAAGUUGUUCUGAAGAGUAUAAGUAGUUCCCCUUAGCUAGGAAAAACCCACAAUAUUUAAAGUAAUGUCAAAAGAAUGCGUAAGAGGAACCUUAAUCCCAUUGCUUUCACCUUGGCAGCUGAUAGAAAACUGCUUUACUGAUCAGAGAAAGCUAUUGCCUAUUAAGUUAAAAGAGAGGUAUGAAAACAUAAUGGAAAACAGUUCCUAGUGAAAACUAUGGCCAGCAUUGGGUUAAAAAGCACAGGGCCACGUGAGAGCAGAGAAUAAAUAGGAUGCUAUUAAUUUGGAAAGAAGAAGAUACUUAGUGUAAUGAAACUGUAGGUCUUAAGAUGUCUGCAGGAAAGCUGCAGCUCAUUUUUGUCUUCUGAGAUCUAGAAAGGCAGUGAAACAAGCCAUGACCCCUCUUAGCUCUGGGAAGAGUCCCCCAGGGUAGCCUGUUUGAUUGUGGAGGCUGUGGCUUCUCUCAGAGGCUUUUGCUACUGGUACUCUGUUGAUUUGGCAGCUCUCUGCUUCCCUGAACAUGAGGUCCACAAGAUAAGAGUGACAGUCCCCUCCAGCUGGGAAGUGGAGGUGACAAGUGAAGCACAGAGCUGCCAGCCUCUGUUCCCUCUAUUUCUAUUUUGGUACACUACCUCUUGCUUAGAGAAAGAGUGAACAGGUAAAGCAUUCGUUGUGGUACUGGGACAUGAAAAAUCCCAGUAGCUGGGCAGUUCCUCUUAAACACUGCUUGUGUCAGGAAGCAGCUGGCAGUCACAUGCCCUGCAGCUGCCUGAACAGGAGGGGCAAAGGGAGAGGUUUUUCCCUGCUGACCAAUUCCAGGCCUACAGUGUGCUGGUAGCAUGGGAAGGCAAGAACACUUGGGUUGUAAAUUCUGUGCUUGAGUGUACUUAUCACAGAACAGAGACCACCAAGAGUCAAAUCUAUUUCAUAUGUGGCAAACAAGCAACUAAGGAAUCAAGAUUUAAACAAACCAAACCACACCAAACAAACAAACCCAGCCAACCAACCAAGUGGAAAAAGAAGGCACUAAAAAAACACCAUGACAAAAAAAACCCCAACCCCAACAUAAAGUUAAAUCUAGCUUGAUUUGAGAAUGAUUUCUGUAAGUCAGGAGGUCUGAGUUCCAGAAAUAAAUUAGAAACAGUAUUGAAGUAAACAUUGGAGGAAAAAAAUUAUCUAAAGAUAAGGUUAGUAGCCAGAUACAGCCUGAGGGAAGAGCUGCAAACCUAACUGUGCCAGAAGAAUGCGCUAAGAAAAUACAAUGUGGAGAAGACGUUUGUGGGGGCUGGAGCAUGAACUAAGUGAUCUGCUAGCCUUUUUCAUCUCAUGCCUAUCAACUCCUUUUAGAUAGGAUCAGGAAGAAAGCAGGUAUGAAAUAGGUUGUAAAUUCUCGUUACUGCCUGGCAUCUGUAAAAUGCAACGGAAGGGUGUUUGCUGUCGCGUACAUUUUGUAUAUGUAAUUGUAAAGCAUAUAAGAACAUAUGUAGUUAACCAUAUUUUUGAAGUGACUUUCUAUCAAAUAAAAUGAAACAUUACUCUGUCUUA